AUGCAGCGUGCUCAGCCACCUACGGCGAGGACGAAAUCGUCGGCUCACAAAAAGGAAAAAGCUCCGCCAGAGGUCCCUGCUGUCAUCGUCGAUACCGAACGACACAUUUACUAUGAAAAAGGAAAGUUCCUCGGAAAAGGCGGUUUUGCUCACUGCUACGAAAUCAAAAACAAAGCGUCUGGGGAGAUGCUUGCUGGAAAAGUUGUUCCGAAACAUCUGUUGAUGAAACAGUAUCAAAGAGACAAAAUGGCACAAGAAGUACAGAUUCACCGCAAUCUGUCUCACCGGAACGUCGUUAAGCUUUUCCAUUUUUUCGAGGUUUGUAGUGCGUUGCCUUUUUGAAAAACUCUUCUGCUUAAGGAUCGUCUGAAUGUCUACAUCACACUAGAACUUUGUCCGAGAAGAUCUCUGAUGGAACUUCACAAGCGUAGAAAGGCGGUAACUGAACCAGAAGCCCGUUAUUUCACUUAUCAAGUUGUGGAAGGAGUGCUUUAUUUACAUGAUUUGAAAAUUGUUCAUCGAGAUUUGAAGCUCGGUAACCUUUUCCUGAACGAAGACAUGGAAGUAAGAAUAGUUGUACUAUUCUGUGGAAACGCAGGUUUCAGGUGAAAAUCGGAGAUUUCGGGUUGGCGACGACGGUCGAAAACGAUGAGCGAAAGAAGACUCUUUGCGGGACUCCGAACUAUAUUGCUCGUAAGUCAAAGUAUUCCGUCGGAAUUCGAGAACCUCAUUCAUUUAGCUGAGGUACUGAACAAGAUGGGACAUUCGUUCGAAGUUGACAUCUGGGCAAUCGGAUGCAUUCUCUACAUUUUACUCUUCGGACAACCGCCAUUCGAGUCAAAGACGCUGGAGGUAAAAACAAAGAGCCGAAACUCAUUCUUAACCCAUUAUCCUUCAGGAGACGUACUCUCGUAUCAAACACAAUAACUACACUAUUCCGACGAUCGCCAGUUCGACCUCAUCGCAGCUCAUUCGCAAGCUACUCGAUCCCGUUCCAGUGAACCGCCCAAAUGCGAGGGCCGUCUUCCGAGACAAGUUUUUCAGCAGUGGAUUCAUGCCGCCACGUCUUCCACUUUCGUGUCUCACAAUGGUGCCAAAGUUCAACGAUCAAGGCCCGACAGAGGAGAAUAAUCCGCCUGCUGGAAGUGCAGAUUCGCGCGGUCCGCGAGUGGUCGGAAGAGCCAGUCUCUCAAGUAUUCCCAAUCAUCGAACGACUGGAAAUACGGACAGAGAGCGAGCUCAGAAGAUGGCAGUAGAGGCGACGUUCCGAGAACCGACCGACUGCUAUCUGUCUCAGUUGGCCGCUCAAGUGAACGAUUUGCUCGCAAAGACGACUCCUGAUGUGAGUGUGAGAAUAAUGAGGAAGCUCAAUACGUCAUUUUUAGAUGGACGAGGCUGAAGCAGCCCUGGAUACCUAUCAGUCUCCGGAGGCAUUGCCCGUCUUCUGGAUCUCCAAAUGGGUCGACUACUCGGACAAAUACGGAAUUGGAUAUCAAUUGUGUGACAAUUCGGUAUUCGCAACCUCUCUGCUUUAAUCAUUAUUUUGUUCGCUUAGGUCGGUGUUCUUUUCAACGACAACUCGCGCAUUAUGCUCGAUUCCGCUGGAAAUCAAUUGACUUACAUCGAGAAGAACAACACGGAACACUAUUACAACAUGGAACAUUCGACGCCGCCACUACUACAAAAGAAGGUCACUUUGCUGCGAUACUUCAGAUCCUACAUGAAUGACCAUUUGCUCAAGGCGGGAGAACGUGUUCACCAGAGGGUAAUGGAGUGUCCGAGAGCAGCAAAAAGGGCAUAUUUUCAGGAAGGAGACGAUCUCGCCCGUCUUCCCACUCUUCGUGUUUGGUUCCGAACGAAGUCUGCAAUUGUGCUCCAUCUCUCUAACGGAACUGUUCAAAUAAAUUUCUUCACUGUGAGCGGCUCCACUCGAAUACAAAUUUCUUGAAGUUGUUUUUUAGGAUCACAUCAAAAUGAUGAUGUGCCCACUCAUGCAAGCAGUCACAUUCAUCGACCAGAACAAGCGAAUGCUCACUUAUAAAUUCUCAAAUCUGGAGGUCAACGGAUGUCCGGAGAAGUUUCUACACCGCAUAAAGUACGCGAAGACGAUGAUCGAAAGACUGUCGAACGAGUCGCUAAAGGAUGUGGCCAGAGUGGACGUGGGCGUGGUCAUCGACGCCAAGAACCCUCCCCGUCAAAUGACCGUUAAUGUGGGAAGACUUCCGACGUCUUCGAGCAACGUCCGGAUAACUUCUGCUGCCGAACCGUCCACUAUUGUUGGAUCUAGCUUGGCUCGUCGUCCCUUGUAA